GUAGGUUAUCCAACAUAGAGGUGGGUGUGAGCGACUCUGUAUCAACAGUCUGACUUGUAACAAAUAACGUAACUGUUAGAGUGAAAAUCUGAGGAGAAGAAUGUCGGCUGUAAAUGUGGAGAAGCUCCAGAGUAACUCUGUGAAGAGCACCGUGUCCGGGGAGCAUGUGGAGCUCGGCUCUCUAUGGAGAGAUCAGACUGUGGUGAUAUUUUUCCUGCGCCGCUUCGGCUGUCAGAUCUGUCGCUGGACCGCAGUCGAGGUCAGCAAGCUGGACAAGGACCUGAGAGAGAACGGAGUGGCCCUCAUUGGAAUCGGCCCUGAAGAGACAGGACUCAAAGAGUUUAAGGACGGCGGAUUCUUUAAAGGAGAAAUAUACAUCGAUGAAAAGAAGCAGUGCUACAAGGACUUAGGAUUUAAAAGAUAUAAUGCAAUCAGUGUACUGCCUGCUGCUAUGGGAAAGAAAGUACGAGAAAUUGCUUCAAAGGCAAGCAAUGAAGGAAUUCAGGGCAACUUCAGUGGAGACCUUCUGCAGAGCGGCGGCAUGCUGAUUGUAGCCAAAGGUGGUGAGAAGGUCCUGCUGCACUUUAUUCAAGAAACACCAGGGGAUCUCGUGCCACUUGAAGACAUCACCAAAGCCCUGGGCAUCAGUGCCAGUGUGCAGGCUGGAGCGAGACCUCAGUGCAACGAUGACGUCUGUACAAGAUGAAGAAUUGCUGUGCUCUGAACUCAAAAGCUUCAACACCAUGUUCUUCUUCUAGAGACAGAUCAUAGUACAGAAAUUCCAACCGCUGUAUUCAUCUCCAAAUUCAUCACUAACCUUAACAAAUUGCAUUAAUACUCAUUGCAUUAAAAAAAAUAAAAACAAUUAUAUAAUGUAAUGUAUGAAAAACGUCUAACCCCCAACCUGCAAAAUAUAAUAAAUAAAUAAAUAAAUAAAUAACCCCAGUUCCACUGGACAACCAUAGAUCUGGCAAUUUAAAUAUUUAGAUUAAAAAAAGAAAAGAUAUAAAAUAAGACCUGUGUCUUGAGCUUUAUUCGGCUUAUUUGCUUUCUAAAAUAAGUAGAUAAUAAUAAGUAUAAGGCUUAGAUUAACCUCAUACUGCAUCAAAUUCCAUUCACCUCAAAACCAAAGCUACAUUUAUUAUUAUUAUUAUUAUUAUUAUUAUUAUUAUUAUUAUUAUCAUUAUUAUCAUUAUUAUUAUUAUUAUUAUUAUUAUUAUUUUGCAUGUAAAUUCACUCUGACAUCAAUGAUCUACACUGACAUGUUAUAAAAUUAUAAUAUUUCAAAAACCAAACCAAUUAUUAUUGUGCCAAGUUUUUUUUUUUCUUUUUGGGCACAAAUCAGCACAAACAAAUGGAUUUAUUUACUUUUUAUUUUAGAAUUGUUAUGCAAACUACAUGGGAGUGACUUGUCUAUACUAGUGGAGUGAUUAAAAAUGUUUUAAUUCCUUUAAACAAAUUCUUCUGCUCAUUCAGAUUAGAUUAAAGUCCAUUGAAAUGUUGAGGUUUUUUAAAAAAAAUCUUUUUCAUUUCAUUUUCAUGCUACUGUGAUUUUUCUUCUUGUUAAAUUAACUAUUUAUUCAUAUUUCAUACCAAAUGAAUUUAAUUUGUAUUAAAUUAAUAUGCACUAGAUUUAAUCUGAGUGACAAAGAAAUAUAUUAAAGUUCUUGCAAUGUG